AUGGGUUCUGUCGCCACUUUAAAUCCCGAGCAAAUCGAGGUCAUCAAGGCCACCGUGCCUGUGUUGGUCGCACACGGUAACACUAUUACGAAAGUGUUCUACGAGAACAUGCUCCAGGCCCACCCGGAGCUGAACAAUGUCUUCAACAUACCUAACCAGCGAAAUGGACACCAGCCCCGUUCCUUGGCUGGUGCGCUCUUUGCUUACGCAGCAAAUAUCGACAAAUUGAGCGCCCUAGGUCCCGCCGUGGAACUCAUCUGCAACAAGCACGCUUCACUCUGCAUCCAGCCGGAACAAUAUCAGAUUGUCGGCAAGUUUCUUCUAGAGGCAAUGGGCGAGGUGCUCGGCGAUGCCUUCUCUCCUGAAAUCAAGGAUGCAUGGGCAGUUGCCUACUGGCAGCUCGCCGACAUCAUGAUCGGCCGCGAGAGGCAAAUUUACGACCAGAGCAAUGGCUGGACGACCUGGCGCGAGUUCAAGAUUGUCGACAAAGUUCAAGAGUCGGAAGAGAUCACCUCAUUCUACCUUGCACCCGUCGACGGCAAGCCUUUGCCGUCCUUUCAGCCUGGACAAUAUCUGUCACUGCGAAUCAACGUCCCGGAACUGCAUUGCUUACAGCCUCGUCAGUACUCGCUCAGCGACAAGCCCAACCAAGAAUACUACCGCAUCAGCGUCAAAAAGGAGAAGGGGCUCCCCGCGACUGGAACCGCAGCGGCCUCCCACCCGGGCUACGUGUCGAAUCUUUUGCACGACCGAUACAACAAGGGAGACAUCGUUGAGGUUUCUCAUCCCUGUGGAGAUUUCUUCUUGUCCGCCACAGCCGCAGAGCCGUCUGCCCCGAUAGUCCUCAUCUCUGCCGGCGUUGGCCUGACCCCCAUGACCUCCAUCCUAAACACGUUGAUGUCCAAGCCCGCCUCCGCGGAACGAAAAUUGCAUUUCAUCCAUGGCGCUCGCUCUUCUGCCGUUCGUGCGUUCCGAGACCAGCUCACUGCGCUGAAGCAGAAACAUCCCGAAUUCCAGGUCACCCUUUUCACCAGCCACCCGGACGAGACCGAAAAGGAAGGUGUGGAUUAUGACUACAGGGGCCGGGUCGACUUGAAUAAACUGGAUGCGGAGAAGGCUUUGUUCACGGAUAUUCCUUCUACGGAGUAUUACGUGUGCGGCCCAGACUCCUUCAUGACUGGCGUGCAGGCCGCAUUGAUAGAGAAGGGAGUCAGUUCAGAUCGCAUCAAGAUGGAGCUCUUCGGCACGGGUGGUGUGGCUUGA